UGCUGUAACUGAAGCUUGCUGAAGCUUGGUGUGCCCCAAAGGGAAGGGUCAGGCCACCACUCUGCUCGUGACAGGAAAAGUGUGCGAGGAACCACCAUGACCACCGCCCACCGCCUCGUAAUUGUGCGCCACGGCGAGAGCAGCUGGAACCAGGAGAACCGCUUCUGCGGCUGGUUCGAUGCCGACCUGAGCGAGAAGGGUCUGGAGGAGGCUCGGCGCGGGGGACAGGCCAUCCGCGACGCCGGCCUCAAGUUCGACAUCUGCUACACGUCCGUGCUAAAGCGCGCCAUCAAGACACUGUGGACCAUUCUGGAGGGCACGGACCAGAUGUGGCUGCCCGUGAUGCGUAGCUGGAGGCUGAACGAGCGCCACUACGGUGGCCUAACAGGCCUGAACAAGGCGGAGACGGCGGCCAAGCAUGGCGAGGAGAAGGUGAAGAUCUGGCGGCGAUCCUUCGACAUCCCGCCCCCCCCCAUGGACCAGGAGCACCCCUACUACAAGAUCAUCAGCGAGUCAAGGCGCUACAAGGGCCUGAAGGAGGGGGAACUGCCCAGCUGUGAGAGCCUCAAGGACACGAUCGCACGAGCCCUGCCCUUCUGGAACGAGCACAUCGUGCCGGAGAUCAAGGCUGGGAAGAACGUGCUCAUCGCAGCGCACGGCAACAGCCUCCGCGGCAUCGUCAAGCACCUGGAGAACAUGUCCGACGCCGCCAUCAUGGAGCUGAACCUCCCUACGGGUAUCCCCAUCGUCUACGAGCUGGACCAGGACCUGAAGCCCGUUAAGCCCAUGCAGUUCCUGGGAGACGAGGAGACCGUCCGCAAGGCUAUGGAGGCUGUGGCGGCUCAGGGCAAAGUCAAAAAGUGAGUCGCUUCAGGGCUGGAAGGAGCCGUUUGAUCCUGGGGCCCGACAGUCACCGGGGAGCCUGGCACAGGCAGGACAAGUUCAACCAAGAAUAAUAAAGCCUUUUUUUAUGGAUGUGCUUGA